AUGUUGGCGAGCUAUCAGCUGCGUUACGGUUGGCCCGACAUUCAGCUCUCCAAGGCUGAGUUCUACCAGAAGAAGAACGCCGACGCCAAUCGCAAGAAGUAUGCGGUAUCCUCUGCAACAGGUGAGCUUGAGAUGCACACAGCAGAGGACGACCAGCCUCCCCACAUCAACUGGAGGAGCCCAAAAAAUGUCGCGCAGUACUUCUCUCGAAGUUCGGUGUUCAUCUAUGGAAUUAUGUUCGUUAUCCUGUUCAACUUGAUCUCCCUCGGAAUCGAAGUUGACAUCGCAGCACGGGAAGGGUCGAACAACGUGCCUAUACACUUUGACUACAUGAACCUGAUUGUGGUCUUCAUCUUCGUAGUCGAAAUUACUGUAAACUUCAUCGCCAAUGGGCCUUGGGGUUUCUGCUGUAGUGGUGACAAGUGGUGGAACUUCUUCGACCUAAUCAUCGUCAUACUGUCAGUGGUGGAAACUGUCGUUAGCUUUAUGGCAAACGCCGUGCCAUCUUCUCAGGUCAGUCCGAGUCAUUUGCGCUUCAUGCGGCCGAUACGCUUGGCCCGUGCCCUGCGCGGGGUGCGGGUCAUGCGACUGUUCCGCUAUGUGGGCGCCUUGAGGACGCUCUUGCUGUCCAUCAUGAGCAGCAUUGCGUCGCUGUUUUGGACAAUUGUGCUGCUAGUAUUGCUGUUCUACAGCUUUGGGGUGCUCGUUACACAGCUGGUAUCAGAUCAUUGCGAGUUGCAGCCUUUGCCUAUGGGAAACGGCACCGCGACCUCCUUUGCUUGCCAAGGGCGUGGCGAAGAGUCGACUCCAUAUUUCUACAUGGGUCCCAGCAGAUACUGGUCAAGCGUGAUCGAAAGCAUGUUGACCUUGUUCAUGGCCAUAUCUGGUGGCAUCGAUUGGGACGAUGGGCUGACAGCGUUGCGAGACAUUCCGCUCGCUUUCGCGGCCCUGAUCAUGUACAUCAUCAUCACCGUUUUCACGGUCGUCAAUGUCGUGACGGGCGUAUUCUGCAACACAGCGAUCGAAAGUGCCGCUGCAGACAAGGACAUCGCGGUCAUGAAGCAGAUGCGAAAGCAAGCUGCGCAGGUUCAAGUGCUGAAGCACGUCUUCAAUGAGAUCAACAACCAGUCAACAGACACUAUCAACAUGCAGGAUCUGAAGGACGCCAUGUCUGCUCACAAGUUGUCGAGCUUCUUUGAGUCCAUGGGCAUCUCGACCGGCGAUGUAUGGACCUUGUUCAAGGUGAUCGACACCGACGGGAGCGGCACGAUUGACAUGGACGAGUUUGUCUCUGGCUGUAUGAGGCUGCAUGGGCCUGCGAAAAGCUUGGACAUUGCAAAGAUGGAGUUCGAGCACGAAGUGACAAGAGAUUCCAUUGCCAGCUUGGAGAAGAAUGUUUCUGACAUGCAGGAGUUGCUGAUGGCUUUCUUAGGCAAGGACGGCAAGAACGGCCACCAGAUCUCGGGCACGCAACUCGCAGAACUCACCUUUGGUGCACCAGCAGCCAGCCAAGCUGACCACAGGACCAUGAGCGAUGCAGAGGCCGCAAAAACGCCAAGCCGGAUAGGCAGAACCCUCCUUGCGGCCUCGAACGGCGAAUCAAAGCUGGCAAAGAAGGCGGAAGCCAUCACCAGUUUCCUGAAGGCCCGCAGUGAAGAGGUGAACUGCAUCUGGGCCAGGCAUGCGGCCAGCGCCAGCCGCAACAUCAGCUCGCUGGGGCACUUCUGGAAGCUAGCUGACGACGAAGUAGGCCCGGCCUGUGGCUGGGGUAGCGCUGCCUUUGCGGCCAAGCCCGGAGAGAGCGCUGAAGCCAAGGCAGUGUCGGUACCUAUCCAGUCUUCCCCAUUCGUUUUCGAGCGGCUCGCAGCGGCCUCAAAGCAGGUCUUCGAGCUCUCGGGGGCGCAAGGAUCUGCCGCCGUUGCCACUGCAGCAGCAGCCAAGGCAGCGCUUGCAGAGCUUUUUGCUGCAGCCUACGAAGCUGACCGUCCGUCAGAUCUGGCUCGGCUGAAGAGAUCUGGAAUGUCGCACUUGCUGCAGUGGCUGUUUGACCUGAGUUUCCUUCGCAUUGCCCUCUCCGCCUCAGCAGCGCCGGGGACUGGCGCCUACGAAUCGCUGCGGGAGCUGCUGACGAAAGCGGAAUCCGUGGCAUUUUCUGAUCCGGUGGAUCGCCUCCUGUACCAGGAUGUUUUGAAAGCAUCCGUGAGCAACCACGUGCAGGGAACGAAAGUGUUGCUGGCCCCGUUCUUCCUCCAUAAUCCGCUGUAUGGGUACCUCUCUCAGAGCGGUAGCUCUGGAGCAUUGCGCUCGAACAGCAAGCCAACGAUCAGUAACGAGAAUGAAGGCUUCGAGCUGCAGACGACGUUUGCUGCCCCCUUGCGGCCGGUCUUGCCUCGUUUCCCGCUGCUGCCAGUGGCGAUGAAUGUCAGCGCGACAUCUGAUCUCGAUAGGCUGCGGCUGGAUCCGCCAGCACGGAAGGCUGAACCGAAGGCUGCAUCUUCCCUGAUGCAGCAGGCAGGUGGCCUGGUUGGCAGCGGCCUGGGCACGCUCAAGUUUGGAGCGGCGCUCUUCACCGGGAAGCCAGGGGUACCUGGAAAGAGUUCUGAGGCCAUCAACGUGUGA